AUGGGCAAGUACAUGAGCGGCAAGCUUGUUGGACGAGAUGGCGUUACGGUUUUUGAAGACCACAACGAAUUCGGGCAGGAAUGGCAAGUUACCGAUAAAGAUCCACAGCUCUUCCAGGCCAUGGAUGUGGCACCCCAGUAUCCCGAAAAGUGCAUUCUUCCGGACCCUGCCAGCAGGGAUCAGGUUCGUCUGGGCAGCUCUGUGGCUCGUCAAGCGGCCAAGAAGGCUUGUGAUCAGUCGGAACACCACUUUUACAAGGAUCACAUUGAAGCUUGCAUUUUUGACGUCAUGGCCUCUGGUGACGUUGAUAUUGCUCGAGCUGGAUGA